UACCAUGAUAAAAACUUGUUCAAAAAUGCCGGUUUUAGCAAAUACAUACUAUAAAUUAUUUAUAGCAAAUAGCAAUAGGUUUUAUGUAAUUUAAUUAAUUAUAUUUUGUCAUUUUGAUUUUUUAAUCUUCUCACUCCUACUUAUUAAAUAGUUUAUACACUUUUUAAUGGUUGAUGUAAGUAAAGAUGAAAAUGAAACUACUAAAUUACCACAGGUUGCAAAAAAAUCAAGUGAUACCAUGGCAUCAGCUGCAUUUUUAACUUGUGUUGCGGCUGGUGCUGGUUUAUUCGCAUUUGCUUCAACUCUGGCAUCAGCUAGAAAAACAGACCCCACCAUGUUUUCUAAAGGUCAAGCUCCUCCGUUGCCCACUGCUGAAUCAGGUGUACAAUUGGCUAUUAGAGCACUAAAAUGGGGAACUUUCUAUGCUGUUGGUGGCUGUGGAUUGUUUUUUUAUGGUGUUUGGAAAAUGAGUGGCGCUAAUGAUAUGCACGAGUUUAGAUUGAAAAUAGGUUCAUUACUCCCAAGGCUUACUCCAACUGUUCACAAUUCUCGUACAGAGUUUGAAGGAUUGACAGAUUUAAUGACAUAUUUGGCUACAGACUAUUCAGGACAAAAUUCAAAAACUAAAAUCAUUAACGACUCAAAUAAUGAGUCUAAAAAUGAAAUACCCAAAAAUUGAUAGAUACAUUGUAAUGUGUAUUACAUUUAUUAAAUAGUUGUUUAAAUAAAAUAAACAAACAAUA